AUGGAGACAAACAAGCACAACAUCGUUGAAAAACUUCAAAAGGAGACGACUUUGAGGUCUACUGUUGUGAAAGUUGUUAUUGAAGUUGGAUUAUACGUCAUUCUGGCGACCUUUGAUGUUCUACUGGCCUACAAUAAGGUUGACUUUUUCUUGCCAUUUCGACGAGGCUUCUUUUGCAGCGACCUAAAUCUGAUGUUUCCAUAUAAGGAUCUGUCCGUAAAAGAAAGUCACGUUAUACUGAUUUCCUUUCUGCCCACAACUUCAAUUAUUUUUAUCACCGAAAUUUUAAGAAAUGGUCGCAGAUUGAAGAAAUAUUGCUAUAUUCAGCUGUAUUAUAGAAUAAUUGGCACCAUGAUGUUUGGCUUUUCUCUGUGCAUUCUCUUUGUUGAAUUGACUAAAUCUUGUGUGGGCAGUCUUCGUCCAUAUUUCUUUGCUGUGUGUCAACCAAACAUGACCCUGACAAACUGCACAGAUCAUUACAUCACCGAUUACGUUUGCAGAGGAGUAGAUGGCGCUGCCAUCAUUGAUGCAAGAAAAUCUUUUCCCUCUGGCCAUGCUGCCAGUGUUUGGUAUGGAGUGACUUUUCUUGUGAUCUACAUGCACUUACGCAUAUAUCGUCGAUGGAAGAGAUCACGUGCAUUCUGUCCAAUAAUACAAACUUUGGCAGCAGCUUCCGCUUUGUAUGUCGGUGUGAGCCGUAUCCAGGACAACGCUCAUCGUCCAGUAGACAUCUUUGCUGGGGCGACAGUGGGAAUCAUCUUUGCUAUAAUAACGAUUUACUCAUCCUCUGUGUUGUUCACAGAAAAAAGAACAUACACUCACUGCGCUGCUGUAAACAGCGAGGAGGAGAGGCAGUUCACGAUGGAGAACGAGACAUAA